CACUAGAUAAACGGAAAACUCUGAUUUCGCUUGCCUUUUGUUACAUAUUUUAUGUAACCUUAUGAUAAAAAAAGAUAUGUUAUAUUAUAGCCUGCUAGUCACUGGCACUGUAGUAUAAUGGGUUAGGAAUUGGGCUUGUAACCUAAAGAUCAUUGGUCCGAAUCCCGGUUUGGACACUGCCGUGGUUGUACCCUUGAGCAAGGCUAAUACAAGGGCUACGGAUCCCAGCUGUCCAGCUGCACACAACUGGGUCAGUGAUGGGGGUGACUAUGGAAGACUUCAACCAUGCCAAGGCCCAGCUCGGUGCAUUGAAAAAGGACCCAGGCAAUGAGGUCAAGCUGAAGAUAUAUGCCCUCUUCAAACAGGCUACUCAGGGUUCUUGUAAUACCCCCAAGCCAGGCAUGCUGGACUUUGUCAACAAGGCCAAGUGGGAUGCAUGGAAGUCCCUAGGCAACGUGUCACAGGAUGAGGCCAAACAGGACUACAUCAAUCUGAUCUCUUCACUGGUGGCGGCUGAGGGGCCUGCCCAAGUUGCAGCAAAGCCUGCUGGGAGCGCUGCUGCAUUUGAGACUCUACUGGUGACUACAGAGGACAACAUUACCACCAUCCGCCUCAACCGACCCACAAAAAAGAAUGCCAUCACAGUAGAGAUGUACAAUGAGAUUGUCAAGGCUCUGGAGCUUGCAGGAAAAGAUGACUCUGUCAUCACUGUGCUCACUGGUAAUGGAGAUUUUUACUGCAGCGGCAACGAUUUGAAUAACUUCACGAAUAUUCCGGAAGGUGGAAUUGAAAAGAUGGCAAAAGACUCUGGAGAGUUGCUUAGGGGGUUUGUGAAAGCCUUCAUUGACUUCCCGAAACCUUUGAUUGGUGUCAUCAAUGGACCAGCCGUUGGAGUGUCAGUCACACUCCUUGGACUCUUUGAUGUGGUCUAUGCAACAGAGCGGGCGACGUUUCACACACCCUUCAGCCAGCUGGGACAAAGCCCCGAGGGCUGCUCCUCCUACACCUUCCCUAAAAUGAUGGGCGCAGCCAAGGCCAGUGAGAUGCUGCUUUUCAAUAAGAAGCUGACCGCCGCAGAGGCGUGUGAGCGUGGCCUGGUCACGGAGGUCUUCCCUGACAGCAGCUUCCAGACUGAAGUGUGGACCAGACUCAAGGCCUACGCCCAGCUGCCUCCAAACUCUUUGGCACUGUCCAAGCAGCUUAUACGCAUGGUGGAAAAGGAACGACUCCAUGCGGUCAACGACCAGGAGGUGGAGCGGCUGGUGGAGCGCUGGCUGUCUGACGAGUGCAUGAACGCCAUCAUGAGCUUCUUCCAGUCCAAAGCCAGGCUGUGAGACCAGGCCCCAGCCCAAGGAACCGCGCCCGGAGUGUUCAACACUCUCAACCGUCCCUUAGACUUUACAGCACUGAUGUGUGCUCUUUGCCAGUUGACGGUACUAAUCGAGAGGGAACUUAAUAUCAAAUGCAGAGGUUUUUAAAUAAAAA